UACCCCCCGUUACGACUCCCCUAAAUGUUACUUCUUGGAAGGAUAACUGAUCGGAUUUAACUCAGCCAAUGAUAAUUUAGAAAGCAAAAAUGGCCGAUAGACGAACGAAUAAGAAACGGGGACGUGUACGCAUCGUAGAGGGUGGCCCUCCCCCAAAGUGUAUAACCCAGACCAGGCGCGAUUAGUCGAUUGGUAGAGAAUUUGAAAACGAGGUCGAAGUCGCCGUAAACACUCCCUAGACCCAUUAACAAUCUGCAAAAGUGGCGGCGAUCUUGUGAUUUCGAACCCGGUUGCUUCUUCAUUUUUUAUCGUUUUCGUUUCACCAUGGAAAGUAAACGGUUCAUCGGUAGGCCUAGGGGUACAACACCGGCCGAAGAUGAACUGUUAGCUGCGGUUGCCCGGCAAUCGCCAUCGUGUACUGCCAUGGAACUGUUAGAAAGGCUUAACCUACCAGUUAGCAGGUCGACGAUAUACAGACGUUUAACUGAAGCUGGUAUUAAUAUCAGAAUGACAAUGGGUAAACAAUCUUCACCAGUGAAGAAGGUUUUUAAAGAUAUUAAAGAUGUAAAUGGUUGUUCAAAAUCAGAAUAUCAAUCAAGUACUAAAGAUAAUAUUAGAAGAUCAAACAGGCUUACUUCUUAUGUUCCAAUAUUACCAAAAUUAACCAAAACUAGAACUCUAGAAAUGUUAUGUAAAAAUAUUGGAAUGGUUAUUCCUGAUAUUUCUGAAGUAAUUGUUGUUCCCUUUAAUCAUAAAAAAUGUGCAGUGUGUCAUUGUAGUCACAGCCAAGAUAGAAAUCCUGAAUUAUAUUUCUUUCCAUUUCCAAAAGAUCCAAGAAGAUGUGCACUUUGGGCUAUUAAUUGUAAUAGGCUGGAUUUAUUUAAAAAUGACAUCGAUUUUAUCAAUAAGAAUCUUACUCUGUGUGAAGAUCAUUUUGAUGCCAGUCAGUAUUAUAUUUACUAUAUGUUUUCUCAUACACCACUGAGUAAAAAGCAUUUGGUAUGGAAUGCAGUUCCAACUAUAUUUCAUGUUCCUAGUCGUCCUCCAAGAGAAAAUUACAUAGAGCCUUCUUUUGAACAAUACAAACAAUUAAAUCAGGAAGCACAUGAUGAUUUACAACUAGUAUUAUUACCACAAUCUCCACCUGAUGAAGGUCUUGAAAUAUUACCAGAAAGUUCAAAUGGCUAUUUAUCUGAUGGAUUAUAUAAUUCAGAUGAUGACAUGCCACCAUUGAAUCCAGUUUGUGAACUGCAUGAAAUUAAUGAACAAGUAAAUAUUCCAAUGAAUGAUAACUUUGAUAAUUCUAGUACAAAUAGUAAUCGUUAUAAAAAUAUGGAAUAUAUAUUAAACGAAGAUGAAUUCCAACCAUUUUCAAAAAAAUUGCGUUUAAGUGAAGGAGAAGUAAAUUGCAAGAACAGAUUUUGUUUAACAGAAAUAAUUCAUUCUAUAUUUAAACAAAAGAAUUUAUUAGAAGUAGAAAGAUGUGAAAUUAAAUCACUUUCUGAAAAAUGGAAUUCUCUGGAAGGGAAAAAAAUUGAAGUAGAAAACAUGUUUAAAUUACUUGAAGAUGAUGUUGCUAAACUGAAAAAUGAGUUUCGAAAUUUACAAAAGAAAGAGAUAAUAGAUAUAAGUGAUGAUGAAGCUCAGGAAAAUCAAUCAUUACCAGAAGGUAUCAUCCUUUCACCGUUACCAGAAAGUUAUUUUAUGCAAGAUAAGUCUUUAAAUAUUAAUUAUCGGAAUAAUAUCUGUCAAAAUUCAAGAUCUUUUAAUGAAAAUAACAGCCAUAUCAUUGAAUCAUCAUCUGAAGUAAUACAUUUGGGUCAAGUAGCAAUUUCUAGGCCAAAUCUUCCUUCAAUUGGACGUGUAGAGAGAAGCGAUCUAGUCAUUGGAAUGCAAGUUAUUGCUUCAAAAUUAUCAUUCCUUCACAGCUGGUGUCGAGCUGUCAUUUUAGAUGCAUUAAAUGGAAGUCAAGGUGAAAAACUUUAUAGGAUUAGAUUUGAUGGAAAGAAAAAUGGUGGUAGUUUAUGUACAGGAAAGCAGUUGGCAUACAUUGAUAAUCCAUGGGUGAUAUUACCAGUAGGAUCUCGAAUUGUUGCAUCAUACAAAAAUGAUUUUAACGAAUUAUUGUAUCAUGCUGGAAUUGUUGCUGAACCUCCUAAAGUUAUGAAUAAUUACAGAUACCUAGUAUUUUUUGAUAAUGGACAUGCUCAGUAUGUGAAGCAUGCAGAAAUUCAUCUUGUUUGUGAUGCAAGUAAAGAAGUUUGGGAAGAUAUACAUCCAGAUUCCAAAGAUUUUAUCAAAGGUUAUCUUUUACAAUAUCCAGAACGACCAAUGGUGAAGCUACAGAAAGGCCAAAUUGUUAACACUGAAUAUAAUGGUGCUUGGUUAUCUGCCCAUGUAAAAGAAGUUGAUGCAAGUUUGGUUAAGCUAGAAUUUGAAAAUAAUCAUAUGGAAUGGAUAUAUAGAGGAUCAACAAGAUUGGCUCCCCUAUACAUUGAAUUGGCUACUGCUCAAGCGAACAGAUUGACAGGAAAGUUUCGUCGACAUAAUCUUGUUGCUAAACGACCUCAUCAGCCUUAUGUUGAAUACACAAGAGGAAUUGAUGAACCCAUAGCACGUCCUACUGGAAAUCUGGUUAACUUCAGAAAACAACAGAAAGAGCAGAUUUCAAAUUUUCAAUUAUCCGAUAUUCCUUCUCGACCUCAAGUUGCUAAAAAACAGACAGGAGGAUGUAUUCCAAAUCAGAAUAUUGAAUCUAGUGCUAGAAUAGCAAAGAAAUCUACAACACAAGAACGUCUUCUUUAUAAUUUAAUGAAUGAAGAAAAUAGAGAUGAUUAUGAUUCUAACAUUCUACAGUCCCAACUUGGCCAUCGUGAAAUACAUAUGAUUAGCAUAGGAAAACGUGCCAAAUUCCAACCUCAUAAAUGUAGUGUUGUAUGUAAUGGUGAUAAAGUAAAUGAACCCUCAAAGUAUAGGGGAAAGAAUCCCUUGCAGAUACCAAUUCUCUGUGGAUGGGAAAGGCAAGUAACAAAGCAUCGAGCUGGUUGUAGGAGAGUUGUAUUUUAUGUAACUCCUUGUCGUAGGAGAUUAAGAAGCAUUAAAGAAGUUAAUCAUUACUUAUGGAAAACAAAAUCAAAGUUAACUAUUGAUUUGUUUUGUUUUGAUAGUUGUGUCCACACUUUUUCUGAAUUUAGUCCUUCAAGGAUUUUGGCCUACAUUCCUGACAUUACAUAUGGAAAAGAAGAUGUUUCAGUUAGUUGUGUUAACAGUUUAUAUAAAGAAUUCCCUCCUUAUGUUUUAUAUUCAAAUGUAAGAUUUCCUGCUAAGGGAGUUCAGCUUAAUCUUGAUCAGGAAUUUUUGUGUGGUUGCGAUUGUGAAGAUAAUUGUCAGGAUCGUGAUAGAUGUCAAUGUCAGCAACUUACCAUAAAUGCUACUGAAGCUCUUCCAUCUGGGAGAAUACCUGAUGCUGGAUAUAAAUUUAGAAGAUUAAAAGAACCACUAAUAACUGGAAUAUAUGAAUGUAAUUCAAAAUGUAAAUGUGGUCCAUCAUGUAUGAAUCGAGUAGCACAAAAUGGUCUUCAAGUUCGUCUCCAGUUGUUUAGAACAGAAAGAAAAGGUUGGGGAAUUAGAUGUCUGGAUGAUAUUCCUCAAGGCAUGUUUAUUUGCAUCUAUGCAGGGCAGUUACUUACUGAACAAGGAGCAAAUGAGGAUGGACAUCAAUAUGGAGAUGAAUACUUAGCAGAGUUAGAUCAUAUAGAAGUUGUAGAAAGGUUAAAAGAAGGUUAUGAAAGUGAUGUUGUUGAUCCUGAAGAAAAUGAUAAAGAAGACUCUGAUGAUUCUACAGAAGAUUCUGAUGAAAGCAGUUAUUUUGAUCCCAGCCAAAAAGACAAGGCUGACUCAGAUUCUGACUUUGAUGUAGAUUUCAAAGAAGUUGUUGAAUAUGGCUGUCAUUCUACUAGGAGUAGGAAGAAACUCCUUGAUGUAAACAAUUUAUCUGAAGAAUCUUCAAUAAAUGGAUCAAAAGCAAACUCUUUAGAGAAGAUUGCAGAAUCAUGUACUGAAACACAGAUAUCAACUUCAGAAAAAUUUUCCAGUACAUUUUCAAUAAAUGAUGAAAAUGUUAGUCUUUUAACAGCUGAUGAAAUUAAGGUGGAAGUUGAAACAGACACAAAUAAUGCUGAUCUUAAAAUUGUGGAAAGCUGUUCAGAUUUGCCAAAAACAGAAAUUACACCAAUUCUUGGUACCAAUUUACCUGAAGUGAAAAAGGUUACAGUUCCUUGGGUUCCACAGCUUGCUGAAGAACAUGACAAAGUUUCAGAUAUUGUUAAUAAUAAUAAUAAUAACGACGACAAUAAAAACAACAACAACAACAACAACAAUAAUAAUAAUACUUCUUCUGAAGGCAAAAUUGAAGAUGAAAGCAUGGCCAGUACUUCACUAUUUAGUAAUCUUCCUGAUCCAAAGAAAGGUCCACUUCUAAACACAAAAACUGAGCUUAGAAAUGAAAACUCUCAAUUUGUCUCAGUUCGAAAGUUCUUCAAUGAAGAAUAUUGUUAUAUUAUGGAUGCUAAAAAUUGUGGAAAUAUUGGAAGAUAUUUAAAUCCCAUCUUAGAUUCACCCAGGCCCACAAUAAGGCAGCCAAGUGAUGAAGGAUGGGCCUUAUAUAUUUGGGACUAGCCUUUAAGAAAAAUUCCUGAAUUGCUCCCUGGAUUUGAUUCUGAGUCUCCCAGAACAGUAGGCUGGUGCCUAAACUGCCUUGCCCAUUGGGCCAUCCAAUCCAUGAAAAAAGGCCUUGUAAGUGCCCACAGGGAGAGGAAAGUACCAAAAAUGAGAGACCUUCAAGCUAGGAUUUCUCAUUUCCUGGUCCUUUGGUUGUCCCGGGAUUUCAAGUAAAAAGUGAUCUGUCUUCCAGGAAAUCCCAGGAUAUAAUUAACCUUUAAGAUAUAAAAUAAAUCUUGAAAUCAAAUGAUAUAAUUAUUUU